AUGGCCGAGCCAGCCCAUAACCCUCCUCUCAAUUACGAAGCUUCAAAUACAAGAACUCAUCCCCAAGCUUCCUCCUCCCUCCCACCAGAAGUGGUCACUUGUCUCGAAAAUGCCCGAUUUCUCCACCUCGCAACCAUCACGAACCCAACACCUACUUCUCCCGCACUUCCCCACGUCUCCCUCAUGAACUACACCUUUCUCCCAGGCGGCUCCUCAUCACAUCCGACCUCCCCUCUGCCACCCCAUCCAACCAUAAUAAUGACUACGAAUCAUCGAUCCCUCAAGACCCAAAACCUUCUCCACAACCCGCAUGUCAGCCUACUCGUCCAUGACUGGGUAUCGCAUCGGCCGCCUACUGCUGGGGGGCCUGGAGGCGGGCGAAGCGGUUCCCCGCCCGCAGCCGCGACCAGAAGCUCGCUGGCCAGUCUGUUGCUGAAUAUGAAUACUAGCGCACUGAGUAGCAUAUCGACGACAAUCACUGGGGAGGCGGUGUUUCUGGAGAAGGGUAGCCCGGAGGAGAAAUGGUGCAAGGAGGCGCAUUUGGCGAACAAUACGUUUGGAGAUCAGGCUAGGGAGGAGGCGGGUUUGUUUGGGGGACAGCCGCCUAGUGCCCCUGGGGCAUUGGAGGGUGGGGGAAGCGCGGGCAGUAGUAGCUGUUACAUCGAGGGAGAGGACGUGAGAGUUGUGAUCGUGAGGGUUCGGGAAGGUAGAAUAGCAGACUGGAAAGGAGGAGUCAAAGAUUGGGUGGUGCUUGAUGAGGAUGAGCUGCAAAAACGGUCUAGCGAGAGUACAGGAGACAGAAGCGAUGAUGGCACAAGAGGGAGAACACCGCAAGACCAGGUGACUCUGGUGAAUGGCGUUGCAGGAUAA